AUGGUCGGACUUGCACUAGAACACAACAUCCAAGUCAACGAUGGCCCCUUAACUUCCGAAAACGCCGCUCUUCUCCGUCCCUCAGACCCAUCCCUCCCCCUGGACGAACUCCGCGCCCGCUACGAACAAGACGGCUACCUCUUCCUCAAACACCUUCUCCCCCGCGACGACGUCCUCGAAGCCCGCAGACAGUACUUCUCCCUGCUCGCCCCAACCAGCGUUCUCCGAGAGGGCACCGACCCCCAGGCCGCGCAGUUUGUGGACCUGGCCAUCGAGGCGCAUUACCAGGAUUGGUAUGCGGAGAAGUUCUGCAACCAUCCCGCUCUGGUCCGCUUUGUGGCCGAGUUCACGGGCUGGGGUGAGCAUACGCUGAAUUUCCGCCGGACGCUGCUGAGGAAUAAUACGCCUGGCACGAAACCUAUCGGGGUGCACUAUGAUCAGAUCUUCUUGCGGUAUGGGGAGCCGACGAGUGUCACGGCUUGGGUGCCUAUGGGGGAUAUCAAAAUCAAUGGCGGGGGGUUGAUCUACCUCGAGGACGGCGACCCUGUUGGGCUCAAAAUCGAGGAAGAAUUCACCAUCAAGGCGAAGCAGGCCGGUUUAACUGAUGAAGACGCCAGAUCGGCUUUCAACUCGAAUAUGAUGGCCACGGGGCUUUUGUCCGAGUCGCCGGUCGAGUUUGCCAGGCAGCAUGGCCGUCGCUGGCUGGUGUCUGCCUACGAGGCGGGUGAUGUUGUGUUGCACAAACCUCAUACGAUUCAUGCGUCGACCAUCAACAAUGACCCGGAUAAAGUCAUUCGUCUGGCGACUGAUUUGCGGUUCUGCGACUCGUCCAAGCCUUAUGAUAAGAGAUGGAUGAACUUUUAUAGAUUUGGAGAUGGUGUUUGA